ACUGAGUUAUUUCAAAAAAACAUUUCAGCAUUUAGUUUCAGCGCACAAAUAAAAUGCAAGAGGCAUCUGAACGAAAAUCAACAACUCAAGUUGUUACCAACAGUCAUGCCUCUUAGUCCCCCCGUCGUUGUGAUCACGGUUUGCAUCAUCGGGCCUCGAAACUCUGAAGGUGAAAAGCAAGCUCCUGGUCUCAUUUACCCUCUCUCGACGGACCACGGCACUCUUCCGUAGCUCAGAUGGUCAUAUCGAAGACAGCGGAUGGGCGCGUCAGACCACAGUCCGUGAAUUCCCCGCCUUCACUGAGCUUCAAUGCGAGGGUGAAGAUCGUCUGGCUUGCCGUCUGAUGUCCCAAAGUCAAACAUCGUUUCACGCAGCCUCCGCGUCCAACCCCCGCUCAAGACGCCAGGUGGUACUGUCCGCAUUGUUGAUACCUCAAAUUUCCCUGUCUCGACAACUACUGCCGCUGCCCAUGUAGUGAUAGAACCUCAUGGCCGAUGCGGUGUAUGAUGACAAGGCAGCGGUAAUCAUUCACAGCCUGCGGCAGCUGCACUGGCACCUGAAUGCGGAUGAAUGGUCGUUCUUCAUUCGCGGUUGCGGUCGAGCGGCUUCUUCGCUGGUAGCGGAAAUGCGUGCCCGUUUGAUUAUCGUGCCCAGUAGCCGUGGAGACAUGGAGAUGCUCGAGGUUUUUCGUGCACCGAAGUUUGAAGACUUUGCUUUGGAGCAGGGGUUAAAAGGUUAUCCUGGACAAACGGUGUUGGAGUACUUGGACCUGCAAGACAGUGAGGAAGGGAGGAAGUUUAUGGAAGCGCUGCAGAAGGGUCAGUGAAAGGAGCUGGUGAAAUAUGCAAAGGCCGAGUAGUGACGCUCGGAAUAUUGAUACAGGUUCAUCAGCAUCGUGUGAGUGGUACAAGCGAGAUUGGAUUCCGUGCAUAACAUCGUCUCCUUUUCACAUGUACCGGGCUUUUAUACACGAUUUCUGCGAGGAAUAAGUAACUGUUAUAGAAGUUACUUUGCCCACCCUGCAUCUAAUCUUAUGCCAUCCAGACCUUCGCAAUCAGCUCCGUCAAGCCUAUAGAAAUAUAAGUUAGACGA